AUAAACUCGGGUUGGUUGCUCCCCCAGCCGGAGAAUAAUCGUCGACUGGUGAAGAAGAAGAUGUACGAAUCGGCGAACGUCUCCGACGACGCAGAUCGUACGGCUUUCCGGCGAGCAGAGAAAAAAUACAAACUUUACUAUGAACAGGAUUCUAAGUUCUCUAGAAAGAAGAAGCUACCAAAACCAAUUGAUUUGUCUGAGUUACUUGAUUUCAAUUUGAUUUCACAAAAUUUCAACAAUGACGGUGUUUUGCCAGACGGAAUUAGGGUUUCGAAAGUUGAUUCUUCUCCUGUGUUCUGCAUCGAUAAUCGCCCUGGUUUUUACUUUAUACCUGAUGCAUUGAGUUUAAAGGAGCAAUGUAAAUGGAUUAAAGAGAGCUUGACGAGUUUUCCGCAGCCUCCGAAUAGAACAAACCACAAUGCAAUUUACGGUCCUAUUGAUGAUUUGUUUGAUUCAGCUAAAGAAAACAAGGUAUUGGUUCAGGAUGAUCUUACCAACAACAAGUGGAAGUUCUAUGAAGAAGUAGAUAUUGAAAAAGCAACACGAAGUAGUUGCAAAUCAGUUUCAGCUUCAGUUCUUUUGAGGAAGCUUCGAUGGAGCACUCUCGGUUUACAGUUCGAUUGGUCCAAGCGUAACUAUGAUGUUUCUCUCCCUCAUAACAACAUCCCUGACGCACUCUGUCAACUAGCUAAGACACAUGCCGCCAUUGCAAUGCCUGACGGAGAGGAAUUUCGUCCAGAGGGGGCUAUUGUAAACUAUUUUGGCAUAGGUGAUACCCUUGGAGGCCACCUUGAUGAUAUGGAAGCUGACUGGAGUAAACCCAUAGUAAGCAUGAGCUUGGGAUGUAAAGCUAUUUUCCUCUUAGGCGGAAAAUCAAAAGACGAUCCUCCUCAUGCUAUGUAUCUCAGAAGUGGAGAUGUUGUACUAAUGGCUGGAGAAGCCAGAGAAUGCUUUCACGGUAUACCCCGUAUCUUUACGGGUGAAGAAAAUGCGGAUAUUGGUGCACUUGAAUCAGAAUUGUCCCAUGAGAGUGGACAUUUUUUCGCAGAGUAUAUCAAAACUUCGAGGAUCAACAUAAACAUCAGGCAAGUUUUCUGAAUUGCCUGAAUUCUCCUGCUUUCGAGCAAAAAAAUUUGUAUUACUAGUCGCAUCGAGCCAGAAGAUUUGAGAAGCAGCAACUACUUCUUUCGCACUUUCUUGGUUUCUUAUGUUCUUAUUGUCAUAGAAUCUCUUUAUCAUGUAAGAUAUGACCGGAACUCGAGUACAAUAGCAGAUCAAUUUCUGCUGAAAUUUUGAGGUUUUAGGCCAUUUUUAAAAAGAAUUGUAUAAUUACAAAAAGGAAAUAUCAUUUUUCAGAUAGCAUACAUAUUUUACAUUGUGGUUAAGGAAAUCAAAGGGAACCAAGUAAGGUGACUACACAAACUAACGCCUAGCUGGCUUGCCAGGCAAGGUAGGUAUACUCUGUUCGUCUCUGAAGAAAUUUUGCGGAUCCACAGCAGUUUUCACUUUCACCAACCGAUCAAAAUUUUCACCGAAAUACAUCCUCCCGAAAACCUCUGCUACUCUGUAACUGUUUGGGCCAGGGGUAUUAACUCCAAUAUCCAGAUCCCUGUAAUUGAUAUAAGUGUGUCUAGGGUUCUUGGUCACAAAAGGAGCCAUGUAGCUAUAAAAGCUUUUCGCCUUCUGCAAGAAACUGGUUUCCGCUUCGGUUCCCGGAUCUUUCCAGUUCAUCGAAUGCUGGAUUUUGUAAAGCUUCUUCCUAUGUGGGAAUGGUGUCUUCGUUGUAGCCACCGUACUCAUUAUCCCUCCGUAAGGAUUAAACACUAACCCUAUCUUCCCAACUUCAAUCAUUUUCUUGAACAAGAAAUCUAAA